UCCCUCUCUCUCUCGUUUUCUUUAAUUAUUUUUGCUUGUAUGUCGCUUCUCUCUCUUCAAUGUCUCUGUGUUUCACUGUUCUUUAUCUUUCUGUAUCAUGGACAUGAAGCCGCCUUAUGGGACCUCGCGUGCUCUUCCCGGUCAUGACUCGAAGAAUUAGUUGAAUUGGGGCUUUCAUUUAGUUUCGUUUUGUUUCACUCUAAUGGAAGCUACACACUGAGCCAAAAAACUUUGUCUUUUUCUUACGAGUUUUUAUCAUUUUUUUCCCUUGUGAAAAACGACCAUAAUCUUUGAUUCAAACCCAUUGUUUGUACUCAAGCUCGAUGGUUUACUCCAACUAAAACGGGGUUUUUGUUUUUUUGAGGCUCAAAGCAAAAACCAGAACUUUUUUGGUUGUCUUUGAUUGGGGUUUGGAGUAGAAAUAAAUCAUGGUGGAGCUUGAAAAUUCGUCACCAAUGACAGUUUCUACAGCUUCUGGAGAAGCAAGUGCAUCUUCUUCAGGUAAUCAGAUUCAAGGCACUCAACCAACAGGAGGAGGACCACCGAAGAAGAAAAGGAAUCUUCCUGGAAUGCCAGAUCCAGAUGCUGAGGUAAUAGCUUUAUCUCCAAAAUCCCUACUUGCCACCAACCGCUUCGUUUGUGAGAUCUGUAAUAAAGGCUUUCAACGCGAUCAGAACCUUCAGCUCCACCGACGGGGUCAUAACUUACCAUGGAAGCUGCGGCAGAGAACCAGCAAAGAAAUUCGAAAGCGAGUCUACGUGUGCCCUGAGCCAAGUUGCGUCCACCACAACCCAGCUCGAGCCCUCGGUGAUCUUACCGGUAUCAAGAAACACUUUUGCAGGAAACACGGGGAAAAGAAAUGGAAAUGCGAGCGGUGCUCUAAAAAAUACGCUGUUCAGUCCGAUUGGAAGGCCCACAUGAAGACUUGCGGCACCCGAGAGUAUAAAUGCGACUGUGGCACCAUCUUUUCUAGGAGGGAUAGUUUCAUAACGCAUAGAGCUUUCUGCGAUGCUUUAGCUGAGGAAAGCGCGAGGGCUCAAACGCUGGCCAUUGCUAAUACAGAAGGGAAUGUUAACGUGAGUGGCAAUGGCAAUGGGAACGGGAAAACUAUGGUUGGAGGAGCAGCAGCAACAUCGCCACCACCGCAGCCUUUAACACCGUCUACUGCUAGCGUAGUUUCACCGGGUUUGUCAAUUCAGAGUUCAGAAAUACCAGAUAAUCCGAUGGGUCUUUCACCACCAACUCCAGCAGCAACUAGUACCUCUACUUCAAAUAGCAAUGUUUUUGCUAGCAUAUUUGCACCAAACUCUCAACCAUCCAAGAUACCAGCGCCAUCUCCGAUCUUUCGAUCAGCAGCACCUUUAGAGCGCACAUCCCUCUCCCUUUCCUCUCCUCUCUACCUCUCCAACAAUGGCUCCUCGAUCUUCACUGGACCUGAACAUGACCAUUGCCAUUAUGCUCCGUCUCCGCAACCAGCCAUGUCCGCUACCGCAUUGCUACAGAAGGCUGCCCAAAUGGGUGCAGCAGCAUCAAACCCUUCACUGCUCCGCGGUCUAGGCUUGGCGGUAUCGUCAACCUCCACUGCCGGUCAGGAUCCUAAUGUGAAGCCAGAGAGUAGCUCUUUGACAGCUGGCCUUGGCCUUGGCCUUCCCUCAAACGGAAGUUCUAACUUGACUGAUCAUAUGAUGGACCCAUCCUCGCUGUUCGGGAACAAGCCUACUACACUUGACCUUCUUGGCCUUGGCAUGGGUGAUGGUGGAGCUUCCUCAAACGGACUGUCUGCUUUGCUCACUUCCUUCGGAGGUGGCUUCAAUGUUGGAGCAGCUACUACAUCAUAUGCGGCAGGAUCAGGGAGUUCGCCUAGAGAAACAUGGGAAGGUGCACCUGAGAGAAAACCCAAUGGCCCAGCCAUGCUUUAGAGGUUAAUUCAGUUCCCUAACUUCCCCCUGCUAAAGGAAUUGAAGAAGAAAAGUUACACCAUUUUGUUUUUCAAUCUUUUUUGUCCAUCGUCGACACAAAAGUGCUUAGAACCCAGAGAAGGAUGUUAGAGUUAGACAUUAAUUUUGGCUUUCCUUUUGUUAGUACUGCCUUUUAAAGUUAGUUUCCUUUUGAGGUAAAGUUUAAUUUUAAAAUCUUGGAGAUAUCACUCGGGGAAAAGGGUUGUACAGGAACUUCGUAGUUAGAAGCUAGCAAACGUAGCACAAAAUAUGAUGCUACUAUUAUACAGUUCUCUUUUUCUUAA